AAAAUAAAUUUUAGUCACUCAAAUUUAGUCACUCCACUGGAGUUGCUCUAAUCUGCAUGUAUAGUUAGCAUACGUAAUACAGGCACAACUCUAAUCAAUCUCGACACGAACACGGACAAGGUCUAGGGCAACGUUUUUUUAUUGUGUCGUGGGCCCCCUCCAAGCCGGACGCCGAUCCAACAGGGGCGUCCCGGUUCCAGGCCCUUAAAAAGCGUCGCCCCCCACGCCGUCCCUCCACCAAAACCAGCGCGCCGAUCGGAUCGAUCAAUCCAGUCGAGACCAGCGCAGCCGUCUCGAGUCGACGAGAGGGCUCGAGGGUUUUGCUACUUGCGCCGCCGCCGCGAUGGCCACCUACAACUUCGAUCUGCUGGAGCUCGCGGACGGCGAGUCCGGGGAGGCCGCGGUCUCCGUCGUCGUCGGCAAGAAGAAGACCGAGGCUGCCGCUGCCAAGCUCGCCGACGCCGCCGACCCCGUCGAGACGGCCGCCGCCCACGGGAAGCCCAAGUACUCCUACUUCGCCAAGCUGCAGCACGACAACGGUGUAAGAAAAUGUCAGCAAGAGCUGAAAAGAUUGAGGGGUGUUCUAAUAAAACUGAGGGAGGAGGAAACAAAACUGAAGGAGAAGCAAGGGAACGAACUCCGUAUCAAGGAGUUGUUCGAGGAGCAAAGGAGGCUGAGGCAGGAGCAGAGGAAACUGAGGAUUGAGGAACCUGAAUUGAUGAAGGGAAGAAACGCUUUCUAUGAUCUGCACAACAUUCCUUUGGAGGAGGAUGAGAGGAAGAAACUCGACAAUUCUGAUUUUGCCAAUGCAGAUUCUGGCAGCAAUUAUGAAGAUGUUAAUGACAAUGAUCAGGUACGUGAUGGUAGUGAGCACUACUCAUAUGGACAUGACGAGGGGCAGGUUGAGAGAGUUCAGGACAAUUACAAGUUUUACAACAAUGGUGAGAGGCAGGGGAACCUUCAAGGCCAGCCCAAGAUGAAGAAGGUGUAUGUGCCCAAGGUGAAGGCGUCCUCUGAUGCUGGAACGGAGGCUGAGGAAAAUCCUGAAAAGAAUGUGGUGUCCGCUAGCACGACAGAACAGGAGGAGGCUAAUGCUGAUAAUGGCGACGUUGUGCCUGCUUCAGAAUCAGACAAGUCUGCUGGGGAUGCUGCCAGAGAUGGUCCUAACAACGGACAAGGUGCCGGCACUGGAAUAAGGACAUUUCUCCGAAAGGAGAAGCUCAAUGGCUCUGAGAAGAGGAAGAAGAAAAAUGCUAAGAAAAGCAGCGGCAAUGAGCAGGAGAAGAAGGCAAAUAAGCAAGAUUCUGAGGCAGAUGGUUCGAAGAAACAAGCUGAAAAGCAACCACUUGAAGAAGAGAAAAAGACCCUUGCUGAGUAUGAGAAGAUGCGUGAGAAGACAAAGAGGUCUUCGGAAGCCUCACAAACUGAGGUGAGGAAGGUUAAUGCUGAAGAAUUUAAGGGUCUGCAGAUGUUGGCGAAGAAGAAGCUGGAUCAUGAGGAAGCUGUCAUGAAGGCAGAAAAGGCUCAGCCCAAGAUUAAGGAGGCUAGCAAGAAGGAAGAAACAGUUGAGGCAGAGGGAAAGGAGGCUGCUGCAAAGGAUGCCAAACCUAAGAAGGUUACCGUCCCCCGCCAAAACCUUGGGUUCAGGCCGCCAAGACGUGUCUCUUAUGAUCAGGAAGAUGGCUCUUCUGCUCGUGGUCGCUUUAACAGCACUUUCCAGGACGGGAUCCGUGACAACAGCACCGAGCCCCGGGUCUCUGGGCGCGGCGACAAUGGCAGGGUAGCCCAGAACGAAGCUGUCGUUCAAAACGGCAAUGCCCCUUCAAGGGGCGUCUACAACAGACGAGGUGAUGGCGCCCCGAGGGGCGACUACUCCGGCCGCCGCGACGGGCACAACAUGGGCAACGGCGGCUAUGGCUACGGUAGGGGCAACGGCAGGUACCAAGGCAAUGGAGGCUACAGGCCACAACAACAGCAGCAUGGUGGCAAUGGUGGCUACUACCAGCAGAGGAGGGCACCCAAGGACGGUGAUUCUGCGCCUGCGCUGGACGUCAAGGACAUAUCCAAGUUCCCUGCGCUGCCUGUACCAUCGGCUCGGUCUGCUGCGCCGGCCCCUGCUUCGACGCCGGCCCCAGCUUCGGCCUAACUCUUUUUGAUUACCCUUUUCUUUCAAAUUUUUAGGCGAGAGAUGGAGAGAUAACCGUGAGGAAAGCCUCAUGAAUUUUUAUAACGGAUGGUUUACAAUUUUACUGAGUUUCAUUAAGGUUGAUUUUUGCGGGUGAUGCAUCA